AUGAAUCCCGUCGAGGUCAAGAAGAGAAUCUGCAAUGGCCGUAAGAAGAUUGAUAUAAAGCUUAUAGAAAAAGAAGAAAAUAGACAAGUCUGUUUCUCAAAACGCCGUAAAGGUCUUUUCAAAAAGGCCAGUGAGCUUUCCACUCUAUGCGGGGCCGAAGUUGCCGUCGUCGUGUUCUCUCUCACUGGCAAGCCUUACUGUUUUGGCCACCCUUCGGUCGACCAUGUCCUCCGCCGCUUUCUCAGCAAUAUUUCUGGCCCAUCCGACACUUUGUCGCCGGCAUCCACAAAUUGUUCUGAACUUAUCAACGAUGAUCAAUUAGUCCAGAAGCCUUUUUGGUGGGAUGUUGACUUGCAUUCAAUGGGAGACGAUGAGUUGAGAUUGUACGAAAAAUUUUUACUGGAGCAACAAACUGUGGUUACCGAAGCUUCGGAAGCGGCAAUGGAGCAGAUUGACGCCGUGCCUCAUACUAACCCAGAAGUUGGAGAAGCUGAUUACUUUCUGUGGUUGCUGCAAGAGAUUAAGGACUUACCGGAUAUUGAUCCAAUUUAA